UGGUCACUUUUCUCCUCCGCACUAAUCUGGAAGCUGCUAAUUGUCAUUUGCCCAUAAAAUAAGCAAAAACCCCUUAUCCUGCCCCUCCUGCUCAAUCAUUCUCUCUUCCGGUUGCAACAAAAAUCCUUGAAAAAAUUUGCUAUGGCUUUUACUCAGUUUCUACUCCCCGUUCAAUCGCCCGCGUCAGUGGCGACCAGCCUCGUCCCUCUUUUCUUCAUCUCCUCACCGAUCAAGGCCCAACAAUCUCCGCACUGCUCCAAGAAAAACCCAAUUCCAGCAAGAGCGGAGCUGCAGGAAUCUGGUGGUAAUUUAGCCGCAGAUGCUUUUGCAAAUGUUAAGCAUGUCCUUCUUCCAAUUACUGACAGGAAUCCUUAUCUUUCGGAAGGAACAAGACAGGCAGCAGCAACCUCCACUGCUUUGGCCAAAAAAUAUGGAGCAGACAUCACAGUGGUUGUCUUCCUUGCAGUUAUUGAUGAUAAGUCUAAAGAGUCAAUCCCCGAGCAUGAAGCCCAACUAUCCAGCAUCAGGUGGCACCUUUCUGAAGGUGGCUUUAAGGAGUUCAAGCUAAUGGAAAAGCUUGGUGAAGGAAAGAAACCGACUGCAAUCAUAGGUGAGGUCGCUGAUGAUUUGGAUCUGGAUUUGGUUGUUUUAAGCAUGGAAGCAAUUCACUCGAAGCAUGUCGAUGGGAAUCUGCUGGCAGAGUUCAUCCCUUGCCCUGUAUUGCUUCUGCCUCUCUAGAAUUCUCAGCUACUUGAUGCCAUUUUAUUUCUCCAGUGUUUUGAACCGAGUCGUUGAUCUGGUUGAUUUCCUGUUCUAAAUUCGGUUCAUCUUGUAGCAUUUUUGAGUAAGUUAGGGUGCCUAAAGGGAUUAAAUUGAAAUACUGGUGGCCUUAAUAAUUAUUUACUCAAUAUAAAAAGAAGAGGAACAAAAAAAAUCAAUGAAGCAGAUGUUUUGUUUGUGAAAA